AUGGACUCUGACGAUGAGGAGGAGCUCGAAUUGCAAAACGACUCGAUCGCAUACUUCGACCUGCCCCAAGACUCCCUCUUCACCGUUGCACAGCACCCCGUCUGGGGCUCGCUUGUCGCUGUUGGCGGCUCUGCCGGCCAGGAAGACGAAGCGCCUGGCGCGGGCUGGAUCUUUGAUAUCUCCUCGGCUCCCUCGCGACCGGUGCUGCCCCCGAGCUACGCCAGCGGCGCCGUUUCCGACCCCCAGACGAGCCGACUCGAGAGCCUCUUCUCCCUCGAGGGCCACACAGAUUCCAUCACCAGUCUGACCUGGACUCUUCCGCAGGGCGAGGUUCUGAUCAGCGCAGGCUUGGAUGGCAGGGUCAAGGCCUGGAAGACGGACGUGCAGCCGCCCAUCGGUAUUAAGGUGACUCCCCUGGGCGAGGCGCAAGAAGUCGACGAGGUCAACUGGGUUGCAGCCUGCCCUUCGCCGACACAUCCCAACACCAUUGCCCUCGGCGCCAAAGACGGCUCUGUCUGGGUCUACACAAUCGAUCCUUCCGACCCUUCCAACGCCCUCCAGAUCGUCCAGUCCUACUUCUUGCACGGCGGCCCUUGCACGGCCGGAGCAUGGACACACGACGGUCAGCUUCUGGCUACCGUCUCUGAAGAUGGCAGCCUCUAUGUUUGGGACGUAUGGGGGGCUGCUGCUGCGCAGGGCCUUACCAACGACAACGGCAUGACCAUUGUGUCCCUCACAGCCGAGGAUCAGCGAUUCGAAGUCCUCGGUGGCCUUUACUCCAUCGCCAUUGACCCCAGGGACACGUUCAUUGCUGUCGGCGGUGGUGACGGUUCCAUCAAGGUCGUGUCCCUCCCCCGCCUUGGAGAUGCGGCGCCAGCAAGGGCAACCGGCCGAGGAGGUCGAAAUGCCCGAUCUGGGGCUGAUCCCACCGCUGGAGGACAGAUUCUGGCCUCCCUUCAGAAUCAUACCGAUAGCGUCGAGACGCUGUCCAUAUCGGUUGCUUCGACCAGCCCGCUCACCGUCCUGCUGGCCGCCGGCUCUGUCGAUGGUGGCAUCACCGUGUUUGAUGCCACGCGCAGCUUCUCCAUCCGGAAGCACUUGGUAGCCGUUCACAAUGAAUUUCCCGUUGUCAAGGUCGAGUUUAUCCCUAACACGUGGGUGCUUACGAGCUGCGGCAUGGAUGGCGUUGUGCGGAGAUGGGAUGUGCGGGCGAGUGGUACCACAGACACUUCCAGCAGCGGCUUGUUGCGAGAGUGGAAGGGCCACAGGGGAGACGGUGAUGGAGGUGGUGUGAUGGAUUUCGUGCAGGGAGGAACUGGGCAGCGAGUGGUGACGGCUGGUGACGAUGGUAUCUCAUUGGUUUUUGAGUCUACAUAG